CUCUUCCCAAAAAUCACCCAACAUGGAGUCCAGGAAUCUCGACCACAGGCGCAACAACUUCAAGGGCAAGACUCAGUUCUCCGCCCAGGAGCUCCGUCGUCGCAGAGAGGAGCAGCAGGUUGAGAUCCGUCGUCAGAAGCGAGAGGAGAACCUUGCCAAGCGACGAAACCUCCAACAUGUUGUCAACGAGGACGGUGCCGAGUCUGACGAGGAGGCCGGCAUGGACGCCACAGCCAUUGGGGACGUUCUUCCCGCCAUGCUUCAGGCCGUCUACAGUGACGACGCCGAUGCUCAACUCGAGUCUACUAUGAAGUUCAGGAAAUUGCUUUCCAAGGAGAAGAACCCCCCGAUUGACCGAGUCAUUCAAUGCGGCGUUGUCCCCCGAUUUGUCGAGUUUUUGUCAAGCACAAACUCUAUGCUCCAAUUCGAGGCUGCUUGGGCGUUGACCAAUAUCGCCUCUGGUACUUCCGAGCACACUCAGGUUGUGAUCAACGCCGGCGCCGUUCCUUACUUUAUCAACCUUCUCAGCUCUUCCGUUCUCGAUGUCCGUGAGCAAGCUGUUUGGGCUCUCGGUAACAUUGCUGGUGACUCUCCCAAGUGUCGAGACUACGUCCUCUCGCAGGGCGCUCUUCAGCCCUUACUUGGUCUUCUCAAUGAGAACCACAAGCUUUCCAUGAUCCGCAACGCUACCUGGACAUUGAGCAACUUCUGCCGGGGCAAGAACCCUCAGCCCGAUUGGGACCUCAUCUCUCCUGCCCUCACCGUCCUUACAAAGCUCAUCUACUCUCUCGAUGACGAAGUUUUGAUCGACGCUUGCUGGGCCAUCUCUUAUCUUUCUGAUGGUUCCAAUGACAAGAUUCAGGCCGUCAUUGAGUCUGGUGUUUGCAGGCGAUUGGUUGACUUGCUUAUGCACCCUUCCACCGGCGUGCAGACCCCUGCCCUCCGAUCUGUCGGCAACAUUGUCACUGGUGACGACCUCCAAACCCAGGUGGUCAUCUCCUCCGGUGCCCUCCCUGCCCUGUUGAGCUUGUUGUCCUCCCCCAAGGAGGGUAUUAGGAAGGAGGCUUGCUGGACCAUCUCCAACGUCACUGCUGGCUCUCCCAUGCAGAUUCAAUCCAUCAUUGACGCCAACAUUGUUCCUCCCCUCAUCAACAUUCUCGCCAACGCUGACUUCAAGACCAAGAAGGAAGCUUGCUGGGCCAUCUCUAACGCCACCUCUGGUGGUCUGCAAGAACCCAACCAGAUCCGAUACCUCGUCCAGCAGGGUUGUAUCAAACCCAUGUGUGACCUCUUGACUUCCAUGGACAACAAGAUCAUCCAGGUCGCGCUUGACGGUCUUGAGAAUAUCCUGAAGGUUGGCGAAGUCGACAAAGAUGCCGCUGGACCUGGAGGCAUCAACAAGUAUGCGCAAUUCAUCGAGGAAGCCGGCGGUAUGGUUGCUAUCCACAACUUGCAACACCACGAGAACCUCGAGAUCUACAAGAAGUGCUUCUACAUCAUGGACAAGUUCUUCCCCGAUGACGAUGAGGAGGAGGCCGAGGCUGCUGCCCCUGCGGUUGAUGCUUCCGGGCAAUACGCUUUCCAAACUGAUGUCGCCGCUCCCCAAGGAGGCUUCAACUUUGGCGGCCAGUAGAGCCAGGCCCUUUCUUCCAUUGUCCCUAUCCCGAGCCACCAUCCUGCCCAUCAUUCUUUCAGCUCUUGCGACGACCACUUUGAGUUUGAGCAUGAGCUGGAAGCGCUCCCCCCUCAUCACAUCCCUCAUUUUUUUGGGUCGUGAGAGCCGCUAAAAUCAUUAUUGUCUAUGUCCAAUCACCAAUCCCUUUUUUCAUCAUCUUCAUCUGGUUCUAUAUUAUUUUCAUUUCAUGGCAUGUUGAUGACUGUUUCCUUCACCAUUUUCCGGUUUCCAUUCUAGCAUUUUUAGGUCAUUGGCUCCUCAAGGAGUCUUUGCGGGGAAUUUUCAUCAUCCUGUUAGUUAUCAUCAUUCAUCGGCUGCCGUUCCCCGCAAGCAACAAUACAUUUAGAAGUAAGAGGGGCAACUGAAAGAGUAUCACAUAUACACAUCAGACCCUUCUCAAUAACAUCAUCAGUCCAACUGUCAUUUGACUAUUGAGUCAUCAUUAUAGCUUUUGCAACUAUUACUUUUACUCCAAACGCUUUUAUUCUAUGAUCGUGCUCGGUAGGGGGCGAUGGACCUCUCACUCUUGACACGAGCAUUAUCAUUUCUUCUGUUUACUUUCGUGUCUCAACGCGAUUUUUCUUUUGGUGGUGGUGCGAGACACGGGCGAGGCCUGGGAGGUCGGAGAUAGAUUGUGGAGGAAAGGGGCGAUCUUUCCAUGUAAUAACGGUUACGUGCUAUGUCACUUCUUCGAGUUGGCACGCCCUCCGUACGAGUCGAAAUAGAAUGAUGGGUUCCGCUGCUUCCGCACAACUUCCGAAGGACACAACGGUCGCAACGGAACCUAAUUCUGUUUACGCUUUGGGCCAGAUUCGGAUCGGGACACCUCGACACGUCUUAGGUGACAAACUUUGUUUUUUCGGACAUCCUUGCUCUCUCUUGCC